AACAAUAUAUGUUACAGCUGUGAUAUGAUUAUGAAAGAGCCUCUGAAGGAACAAGAAAUACUUCUAUUAAGGUAGAAGACUGCAUGUACUGCAUUUAUUAGAAUGGAGCAGGCCUUUCUUUUGGUUUUACAAGUAGUCUUAUGGCCCACUCUUGCAGCCUUGUUCACAGUGGAGGUGGACAGUCCAUUCCACAUGGCAGAGUUCCGCGGUGUAGUCACCAUGGGUUGCAGGUUCCAACCUGGGGGCCAGGGCCCAGACUUGUCAGUGAUAUGGCAUCGCAUCUGGCCUCCUCCAGUUGUGGAGGUGUACAGGCUGGAGAACAGACAGGAAGACCUCACUUCCCAGAAUCCCCAGUACCGUGGCAGGGUACGAUUGGUGACAGAAGAGAUGACCAAUGGGUGGGCCAAGCUAGAGGUGUCCAUGCUGAGGAUCAAUGACUCUGGGACCUAUCAAUGCCUCGUGGAAAUGGCGGGAGCUGAUUACAAACAGACAACUUUGACUGUUAAAGCCUCCUAUAAAACUAUUGUUAAAAGCAUGAAGAGAUGUCGGGGAGAGGAGGUAGAGCUGGUCUGUGAGUCUGAGGGCUAUCCUCUGGCCACUAUGACCUGGAAAGACAAGAGUCUCGGGAACAUAAAGUCCAAUGACACCACUGUUAGAACUCCAGACCAGCUGUUCCUAGUCACCAGCACGAUAACAGUGAAAUCCUCUGACAAAAACAACUACACCUGUGCCUUGGUGGAGGAAGGGGAAGUUCCAAACGGUCCGUCAGCCAGGUUUGACAUCCCAGAUGAAAUAGACCUACCACCAGCAAUGCAUAGUAAAAGUAAAUGUGACACCCUUUCUAUUGCAUUGGGCACAUCACUGACAGUGGCCAUGGUCAUUGCUGCUGCCAUCUUUGGCUAUUGCAGAAGGAGAGGGAGGCCCGGGGAUCCCAGCACCCCAAGCACUAACACCCUCCUGGCUCAGCAGAGAUGGGAUCUGGACCCCUUUUAAUGUCUAGCAGCUUCAACUGGCCCUGGUGAUAAACUGUCAGAGGGUCACACAGAUGACCUACUCCAGGAGGUCGUAGAGAAGGAGCUUGUCAGGACUGUGCUGGCGCUCCUCAUUGAGACUGAAAACUGUGUGCGAAGGACUGAGAGCACAAAAGGACUCAUGCACGCACGUACACUCACAUUGACUCUUGUCAGAUAAAGUUGAAUCAUGUUACAUUUACUGAUACCUCAAGGGACAUGUUUUACGUUUCUAUGUUAACACAUUUCACAUGUGUUUUGAUAACAACAAAUCACUGAUAAUUGUGCUUAUACCCAGCGGCGAUUUUAGCAUGCAAAUCUUGGUGGGGCAAAUGCCACAAUUUUUUUCAUGCAUGCCAGCAAAGCCACAACGAUACACAACACUAAACAAUACAUUAAUUGCACUAUAACGGUGACAAACGGUGCCCACAAACUGUUAGGGCCUACAUAAAGCUGUCCUGACAGCAGAGCUUUGCUUCUGCACCAUGGAGUGAAUCCUUACCACACCUGGCUAUCAGUGCAGCCUCUUCUGGCAGUGAAACAGUUCAUUCAGCCCCAUUUACUGACUUUUUAAAAACUUAGCUGAUAUGGCUGACUUUCUUAAACAAAUGUGGUGUCUACUCACCCCUUGUGGAUUUGCGUAAGUCGAUAAGAACCUCAUUGUCCUUUUAAUAGUAACGAACUCCAACAUGAGUGUUGAAUUUUGAACCAUACACAAACAUUAUGACAUCGAUGUUCAGUAAACUCAAUGUUUGUUCUUAUCAAUAACACUUCAUUCUAAGUGCAAGCAAACGAGCUGUGACGAGGUAAGCCUUUCAGUUCAGCACUUUCAAAAUGGACACCAACAGAAAUUCAGAUUGUGCGAGACAUGCAGUUAGCCUAGCAUUUGAAGUAUUUUAUUUGGCCUAUGUGGUCUAAAAAGGAAGGAAAAUACAAUCAUAGACAAUAUACUGACACACUGACAGCGCAAACAAAAUUACCCUUGCAAUAUAUACUGGAAAUAUACAUUAACUUUUUGUUGAAAACAAAUACUUGAAUGGGAAGAGCCAGUCACUGGCAAACAGUGUUUAAAGACCGAAAAACAUUAUAUAGUAUCCCCUCCUCAUGAAGAAAAGCACGAGCUAAUUUAUGCAGAAGCAUACAUGAUGUUUUUGGAUUCACCAUUGAUUGUUGUGCUAUGCUCACUUGAACAGGAAGGUGGCAUGGUGUUCCUUCUUGUGAGAAAAUUUUGUAAUCAAAGGUGCUUUCAAGACAACUGGCAACACUGAAAAAAACUAGGUUGAAUCAUGACAUCAGUGAUCUUCAGGUCGGAACUCUAGUUCCCGGCUUGGAAUUCUGAGUUGGAUGACCGUUCAGAACGUAUUUUCCCCAAUCUGAGCAUGUUUUUUUCUAAGUUUCCAGUUGUCUUGAACUCACUGAAGUCUGAGAUUUCCCAGUUCCGAGUUGUUUUGAAUGCUGCAGAAGUCAUGCUGGAUUGACAGCAUGGCCAAUGUUUUCAACCUUUUCUGGCCCAUGGUGUUGCGAGUGAAUGUUUAUCCUUUUAAGCUUGGAAAAGACACAAUUUCAGACAGGUGUUUUAAAUCCUUAAACCCAGACUUGGACCAUACACCCUGUCCACUGAAUAGCAGGCAGGGGAAGCAAAAUAGUGAUUGCUUUGCAACGCUUGCAGUUAGCCACUGAUUCCUUCCCAACCACUCGUUGAAUUUGCGAUUUCCGACUUGUUGUAUAAUGUUUAUGUCCAAUGGCCAUUUAGCACUGAUACCUUUUUAUCUAUAAAUUAUCUUCAUAUGAAAAGGAUUUGACCGUACAUUGUCAAAGUGAUUCAUGAUGAUAACUGCUUGUCUAGCAACUAGCUAAGAUUUUGAACGUAACAUCAGUUCAAUCAAAGCUAUCACGGCGCAACUAGAGAACAUUGUCAAUGCCUACGCUCUGUAUAUUCCUCUGGCUGCCCCUCCACCACAGAAAGCACUGAGCUAGGCUGAAACAUUUGCAUUUUGGAGCUGCCUUACUCAAGAAACAAACCAUGUUUGUAGGCUGCUUUAUUAACUCUAUGUGAAAUGAAUGAAUGACAAAACAAUUGUUUAAAUUGCUUAACAGGUGGGGCUCAAAACAAGUGGGGCUCUGCCCCCUCCUGCCCUGGAUGACGAGUCGCCACUGCUUAUACCACAUUUACUUGCUGUAUGUGCUGUACCUUUACUAUGUAUAAUACAGAGAUAAUUACAUGUUUAUGUAGAGAUGUCCCAUGUUGGGGGAUGAUAUUGAAAAACCAGUUCACCUCCAUGCUCACCAUGAAACUCCAGAAAGCAAAUGAGUGAUUUCAGCCACAGUUUUAGUAUUGCUCAUAUUAAUGCAGUUAUUUACAGUACCUCAAGGAUUUUAUGCUGUUUGAUACUCAUUAUGAGUCUAACCAUUCGCUGACCACACAGUUUCAUUUUCAGUCCAAUGUACCAUUUCCUGUAAAACAAACUGUCUAAAGACAGCUGUGCUAAAGCAAGGAAAUGCUCUUAAUUUUUUCCACAAAAUAAAACAUUCAGUCAUCAA